CUGCUAAAUAAGGGAUAUGACAACAAUUUUCACACGCAUACGACAUGAUACGUUACAAAGAUGUCGACGUAGACUAGUUUGCAAUAAUAUAUCUCGCACUAAGUAAUAAACAAUAACGUGAAGGUGACUUUAACUAUAUUACAGGCGUAGCGAGUACGUAAGCGAAAUAUGACAGUAUGAGUAUACCCAUUCCGGGAGCACGCCAAGUUUUUGUUUAUAAUCACGGUCGUCUGCAAGGAGGACCUAUCUACUACGACAGACGUUUUCCUCAACAGGCUCCUUUUGGACCCCCACCCUUUAAUCACUCGCACCAAGCUGGUCCGUGGUUUCAAGGCAUUUCUGGUGGACAUCACAACUAUCCACAGUUCCAACAAAACCUCCACAUCAACAUAUCCUGGAACGCUCCUGCUCCAAGAAAUCGUAAUUUUGGUAAUCACCACUUUAGGAGACAGAACAAUAAUAAUUCAUUCCACUCACGAUCGAGGAUGAUUGGUGGACGGUCUGCUCCACAACCAAUGGUUGUGGAUGAAGAGAUGAAGGAGGCGUGUUUUUUGUGUGGUGACUAUAUGCAGAACUCGGAACAACCGGGAGUUCACUUUUGUGACGCCCAUCACAAAGAUACAUCAAAUAAAACGCAGAACAAUAGCAUAAAGUCGAAACUAGAUUCAGUGCUACAGAAAAUUCAGAGCGCCUUGCAGAAUGAUUAUGAGAACAUGUCUGAAGGUCUGGAGAAGUUUUUCAUCGAGCAGGUGAAGGAGAUCACCACCCUCCACAACGAGGUUGCCAGCAGCCGUGAUGACCUCACCAAGGUGCGGCUGGAGCUGGCCACCCGCGCGGCCGAGAUCUCCGACAAGGAAAAGAAACUGAAUGAUCUGCAGAGCAGGCUGGACAGUGAGAGCUCGCUGCUGGCUGCCGAGAAGAAGAAAGAGAAGGAGGAGAUAACUCGGCAGUGGCAGCAGCUGCGGGAUGAGAUCACACGCAUGGAGGAGGUUCAUAACAUUCAGAAGGGUCGCAUCAAGCUUGACGUUGGAGGUCACGUCUACACGACGUCAGUGUUGACCUUGACCCGUGACCCGGAUUCUAUGCUGGCGGCCAUGUUUAGCGGUCGCCAUGAACUGAAGCGAGAGGAAGACGGCUCCGUUUUUAUUGACCGCGAUGGAACACAUUUCCGGCACAUCUUGAACUAUCUGAGGGACGGUGGACUCAAUAUCGAUUCACUUCCCAGGAGUCGGCAAGUUUUGCGGGAAUUACGGAAUGAAGCGAUAUAUUAUCAGCUACACAACCUAGUCCAACAAAUCGAAAAACUUUUCUAAGAAAGAACAUUUUUACCAAAACACUAAAAACGGCAACAACCAAUGCAGUUAUCAGACGUUUCCAGAAAAGAAUGAAGAAACAAUAACUAGAAUAUAGGGAAGCGGGCAGAACCUUAUUCUGGAAUGGGCAUCGCGUAACAAAAAACAAAUCCACCAAUACCGGUUUUAGUGGAUUGAGAUUAUUUAAUAUUUGUAAUCGGUGGGUAUUCAUAGCAUACACGCAUAAUGUCUACAAGUGCUGGGUGGAAUCGGUAUUUGAUUACUAGUUUAAAAGUGUGUGUUGGUUUGUGUUAACAGAUAACCUGCAGGGGACGACAGGAGUUUAGGUGUGAGAAAAGGUGUUUAAUUACCCGGGUUAAAGGCGUCGUUAUAUGUAUUGGCAGACAGGGCUCACUAAUAGUUGUGUUUAUAGGAUUUGUGUACUAUUUACAGCAAUAUGGUGUUUUAGGGAUAGAUAUUAAAUAUAAAAUAUAAAUAUUCAAUCCGAAAUUCGCAACAGAUUUGAUUUUACUGGUUAAAAUUCUUUCUUACAGAAAUGAUCAAUUAUAGUCCAGUAAAGAACGCCUUUACAGCUCAGUUCAAUGGCGUUUAUCUCUUAUACAUGCUAUCGUAAAAAAGGACUCUGUUGCUGCUUUAAAAACAUUACUGUAAUUUGCAGUAAAGUGUUAUUAAAAAAGUAUUAAAUUACUUUUUUAAGAAUCUGUAAAUCCUAACAACACCUUCUGUAAACAGUGUACUGGUAGGAACAUAAUAAUUCAUCUUUACUGAAUCGACUUGUGAGUUCCCCGCCAGAAUGUAGACGGGUAGUGUUAUUUGUUAAAAAUAAUGCCAAGUGUAUCGGUUCAUCAAAAUAUUAUUAGCGGCUUAGUCGAAAAUAUUUUGUUAUGGCUGUUCACCUAGUGAGUUUUUGGAGACCAAUCGUCUUUUAGUAGACUCCUAACGCUGGAAUGUGGUUGACAAAAACAACGGAAACCAAUAUCGGCGCAAAGAUUGGGGAUGUGGGGAGUUAGCGCAUGGAGGUGUUUGGUUUCGAUUUCUUUUGUUGUAAAUUCCUCCAACUCGUGGGUGACGGUGCAGUUCUUUAUCUUUCUUCUCCUAAAUGUUUUAUUAAAGUGCUUUAGUCUUUCAAUGUACAUUAUACUACUAUAUACCUCUCGCAACUGUGUGAUAUCUUUUUCAAAAGACAAACAAUCAUGUAUUUCAAUAUUCCAUAAAUCUGUAAGAAUGUGUAUGCACGCGCGCGCGCGCGUGCGUGCGUGUGUUUAUCUGCGUGUGUUAGUUAAACUACCGUUGUAUGCGGGUGACCGGUAGGAAAAUAUGAUGAGUGUUCAAUACUACAGUGAACGUUAAGAUAGAUAGUAAUAGACAUUAGUAAAGGGAAGGUCACACAUGCAUUGUGAAAGAUCAUCUGUCGCGAUUUAAACAAAUAAAAGAUUUUGGGGUGUAUGUUUUAUGUAUAUUUGUUUAUCGCAGAUAUUUUAAAGUUAGUGCCAUGCAUGAUUUGUGAUAAGCGUUUUCAUCUCCCGUUUCAUAAAUAUAUCUGAGCAUAUAUAAAUAUACAGUGAAUAUCCAUUAUUAUAUUUUAGUAUGUAAUAGGUAGUGAGAAUUUGUCGAAUUAGAGACAUAGUAGUAAUAGCUAGUGAUAGUGCAUGGCAUUCACGUAAUUUUAACGUUAAACUUAUAAUGCUUAGUAAUCGCAAUAUCCGUCCCUUUUUGCAUCCCUAUUUGACGUUAAUAUUCAUUAAUAAGAUAUUGGCGUAAAUAUUGUAGCAGCCAUCACAUAACCAAUUAGCUUUAAUGGGACGGGUAUAAAAUAUUACAAAAAAUGACGAAUUAUUUUGGCCAUAUAUAAAUAAUAACUAUUUUCCUUAAUUAAAAAUGAUGCAGAAAUUUAUUUUAGUGUGAAACAAGUUUUAAGACGAUACGUACAUCUACUGACAUACACAAAUUAUUUUACUUGUAAUAAUAUGACAUUUUGUGAAAUGGCGCCUUGUUGAAAAAUGUUCUUUGUUUUACUGAAAUUAUUUCCUGAUCCAUCUAUAUUUAUAGUAUACAUAUUUGGAGUAUGAGUACAGUUGAAAUUAUUUUAAAUGAACAAAAUGCCAUAUUUCAUAAAUGUUUGAGUUAGGUUCGUAAGUUUUUAUUUUUUGAAAUUUAAAAUAUUUAUAAAGAAACCAAAAAAAGCCAAAAGUGAAACCCAAUCAAAAAUAUAUUUAAUUUGUGUUAAUUUCCAUGUUUGUUAUGUUGCAAACUGAUGUUUACAUAUUAAAAAAAUAAUUAAAUAUUAAAAAAAAUCUUCUAGAGAUAAUACAAAAAUAACAAUAAUUUGAUCUCCGUUUUCUGCUGCUACAGUUUCCUAAAACAAUACGCCUAUUGCUGUCUUUGAAUUCCUUUCAACUAUUUAUUUUUGUUCAUGUAUGUUAUGGCAUAUAAUAGACAUUUAAAUUUAUAUUUAGUAUUUUUAAUAGUUAGAAUUAAUACUUAUUGACUUAAUAUACGUGUUUCCUAACGAAUGUAUGCUAUUUCUUCGGUGGCAUAAAAUUCAAAAGGGA